AACAACUUUUGAUUAUGAUCCCACUAAUAAUAGUAUUGUUGUAAAUCUAAAAUUUCAAAGGUUUUCAAAAAGGGAUCAUCUUCAUAAGAUACCGGUUUAAUUUGAUUUGGUUGCGAUGAAUAAAUCCGGUUAAGACACCAGUCACGCUCCUUUCGCUUCCAUUAUUAGGAACAAGAAAUCCAACGGUCAUCGUAGAGCGCAUCAGAUAAACGGCUAAAAAGCAAAUUCUCUGGAAGAAGAAGAAGACGAAGAUGCAACCGACAGAGACGUCGCAGCCGGCGCCGUCGGAUCAAGGCCGCCGGCUUAAGGAUCAGUUAUCGGAGAGUAUGAGCUUCAGUAGCCAAAUGAAGAAGGAAGACGAUGAGUUGUCGAUGAAAGCUUUGUCGGCGUUCAAGGCCAAAGAAGAGGAGAUCGAGAAGAAGAAGAUGGAGAUCAGAGAAAGAGUUCAAGCUCAGCUUGGUCGUGUUGAAGAUGAGUCCAAGCGUCUCGCUAUGAUUCGCGAGGAACUUGAAGGUUUUGCUGAUCCCAUGAGGAAGGAAGUUACUAUGGUGAGGAAGAAGAUUGAUUCUCUCGACAAAGAAUUAAAGCCAUUGGGGAAUACAGUUCAGAAAAAGGAAACAGAGUACAAGGAUGCUCUUGAAGCAUUCAAUGAAAAGAACAAGGAGAAGGUGGAGCUGAUCACCAAGCUACAGGAGGUUUGUUCAAUAUGAUCUCACUUCUCUCUCUACAAUUUCCAAGUAGUAUUUCGUAUUUGAAUGAACGUUAUGGAUGGUCUGCGUUUGGUCCUACAAAUUGGUGUGUUGUCUAUCAAACUAAUCGUGUUUAAGCUGUAGGGCAUAUAAAUUUUACCAUUACCUUUGUUUAGAACCUUACAAAAUUAGGUAAAGACAUUGGUCCCGUAGUUUUGUUCCAAGACUUGGGAAAGACUCCCAUUGCAAUAGGUGAAGUCAUCUUACCGAGUUUUGGAAUCCAGUCUGCAAGUUUGUCAUUUUAAUAGUUAAUUUCUUGACUCUAAAACGGGUUUCACAAUUUGUGAAAAGUGAAGUCAGUGUGAGACUCUAGAUCAGGACUUUCCAUGUUUGGGUGCUUGGAAAUUAUUUUCUCCAAACUAGAUCCAACGCAUUAUCUUAGCACCUCUAUUUCGCAAGUGAGAUAUCCGAAAGAACAAUCAUGCGUUUUUGCAUGUCGUGUCUGUAAUUGCACUAUAUCCUGUAUAUUCCAUUGCAACGCUUGUACUAUGUGUUGGAGGGAGAAAGCGAGAAAUUCAGGUUCAAGAAGCUGGAGGAGCUAAGCAAGAACAUUGAUCUAACCAAACCUUAGUGUUGGACGAGCAGAGUCGCUGGGAUUUGGCUAUUCAAAGUUCUAAAAAAGUCACUUUUUAGAGUAUUUUCAUUGUUCUUUUAUGAUUCUAGUAAUAUAUAUAAUUUAUAAAAUAAAAAGUAAGAAGAUAUGUGUUUGAACUAGAUGUUGCAAAGAAAAUGUAACAAAGUUACGAUGGCACUACAUUAUCGACGUGAUUGGCAGAAUUGUAAUAGUAAUGUAAAGAAACUAUGUUUGUUCCGGAGCAUUUUCGUACAUGAUUAUAUCAUCAGCCAUUUCAAAUCUCUCUA